UUGCUCCUUAGACAUGAUAUAUUCUUGAAUAGUUUCAAUCAUAACCUACUCUUGAUGAACCAAAGGAACUCACUAUUGAAAGAAUUAAAUCAGGAAUGCCUGGGUGGCUCAGUGGCUUGAGUGUUCUACUUCGGCUCAAGUCAUGAUCUCACCAUUUAUGGGUUUAAGCCCAGUAUUCCGCUCUCUGCUGUCAGCACAAAGCCUGCUUCAGACCUUCUGUUCCCCAGUAUCUCUGUCCCUCCUCCACUCUCUCUCUCAAAACAAAUAAAAAAAAAAAAAGUAAAUAGUUGAAUCAAACUAUGUAAUUUAGGCAUGUGAACAUAGAUGGUAAAACAAAAAUUAUUCCCACAAAUAUUAGGACAAUAGUGACUUUGGUUAUCUGGAGAAGAAAUAGAGAGGGUGGUCACUGGCAGGUAUUGUAGGAGGUGAGUUGGGAAUGUAGAGGGGGGUGUGGAGGUGUUUUUGGGGUCCUAGAAAUGUUCUACUUCUCAAUCUGGGUCCUAAGUUAAACUGUACAUGUAUUUCUCUUAUUUUAUGUAUGUGUGCUUUACUUCACAAUGAAGUAUAUAUUUCUUUUGUUUUAAAGAAGGGAUUUUCCUGUAAAGAGGAAGUCAGCUACUUUGUAAUUUUGCCUCCUUUCCUGGAGGAAAAUACUAUAAGACCUGAGAGACAUUUUUAGGACUGUUUUGAAUUUCAAUACCCUUAGAGUGUUUUUGUUUUUGUUUUUUUUUUCCAUAGGACUAUUGCUCAACCAUUCAUUUGACAAUUUAUUCAAUAAAUGUUUAUUGAGAAUGCCCUGGGUCAGGUACUAGGGACAAAAAAAUAGCAAGACUGAGUUGAUGCUUGCCCUCUGAGUGGAGAGAGAGAAUAAAUGUAGCACUUACAUAACAGCUUGGUAAGUGCUCUAACUGGAAAGAUCUGGGUGUCUUCACGCCUAUUAGAGGCCUGACUGCAAGGCCAAUUAGAGGUCUGUCAUAAGGUCCGAGCACCGUGUGUGUUUGUGCAGAACACGAAGUCCGAUGUCUGUUUUACCUUUUAAAAUGCUUAAGGCUCAAAAGUAAAACAUAAAAAAAUAAAUAAAACGCUGAAGGCUCAGCUAGAGUUGAUCUGAUUUAAAUAGUUCAAAUGAAUAUGUAAAAGAGGCAGUCCUCUUAAAAGACUUUCAUUUUGAAUUAUGUUGGGGGAGGUCAUCUAGAGGACAUGACCUCUGAUUGACCCAAGAGCUAGAUCCGGGCAAUCAGAGACUCCCCAGCCGCCUCCCCAGUCCUUGCAAUGUUAUGUUUUGCCCACGUUACCACAGCCGGAGCUGUUUCUGUGUUUCAAGGACAUAGCCUUGAGAGAGUUACGUGUUGUUGAGACUCUCUGCGUGAUAUUGGCGACUGAACCCAGGAUGUGGAAGGGGUGACGAUGAACCAACCUUGACCGUGCAGAUGAAGACAACAUCCUGGUUGCAGCUGCUGACCCCAUAUAAGAGGUAUGUGCCAUGAAUGUUAAAGGAUGGGAAGGCUUCAUCUUCUUGGACUUCUCCACAGGGCCAGGAUCAUGAUCCAGAAGGACAGCCUCAUUUCAGCCAGUUCCUGCCAACCAGUCCUGGGCAGACUCACGAGAACAAGAACACGGUCUGGAAGUAUGUUCCUGAUGCUGGAAUAGAGAGGAUUUCUGAUAACCUGGAAUAUUUGCAAGAGCUCAGCAACACUCCAGGAAUUUGUGAAUCCUUCCAUGUGUCGGUGUGCUUAAGAUUCCUUUUCACAAAAGAUGAACCUCAAGCAACUUAUAAGCCCAUGAACAUGGACAAGAAAUGGGAAUUUGGAUUAACACCUCUGAUGGAGUCACACCAGCAAUUGGCAAGAAAUAAGACCUUGGGGGCGUUUGGAGAAGAUUUUCUUAUAAUUUCCUGUUCUGCGUUAAAGAUAGUUGUUGCUGCCUUACUUAUGUACCCUCUUCUACCAUUCUUGUGUCUUCUUGGUGUUGAUCACCAUAAACCUGAAGUAAUUGGCCAUCUGAAUCUGUUUGACCUCAUAAUUGCUCUAGAUGAACAGGGAGAAACAUCUGGCUCCUUUUUCUGGGAUGAUGGUGACUCUAUUGCCAAGCAUACCAACAUGUAGAACAGUUGAAAUGUUCUGGAUUUCAGUGACUUGACGUAAAAUGAAAUAUUGGAGACCUGGACCAACAAACAAACUACCUCAAGAGACACUGAUUAAGUUUCUAACCUUCACAUUGUUUUUGAAUUUUAGAAGACAGGGAUUGAAAUCAAAAGACUAUAAGGAACCAAGGAAAAAAAUGGAUUCUACUGAAAGGGAAGAGUACUUCUAUGUCAGAUACAAAUUAAGUAAUGUAAAUUUAACCAUUCAGCAUUUAUAGUGACAUAACAGUUCAUUUUUAUAAAGAAAAAUAUGUUCUAAGGGACUUUAAAAAUAAGUAUUUCAAAGUAUUGGCAGUUACUCAAACCCCAUUGCACUCUAUGCUUCUGUGUAUUGUCAUAAUUAAAAAAAAAGAAUGUAAAAGUCUUUUCUCUCUUCCAUAACAGAAAGUUCUGAGAGCAACUGUGCUUAAAAAUGGCUACCAUGAAAUUGCUACUCUGGCAUAUGGUACUAUUCAGAUCCUUGGUUUCAUUUCAAAGCCCAAUGUUAUUUUUCAUGAAUGGAGAAACUAUCUCAAGCAACAUAAUACCAUAUCAUUUCAAUAGGAUAUAUUUUGAAGACUAAUUACUACAUAUUCCUAACCCACCGAAAAUGUGAAUUCAAACAAAGCGUCUAUCAAAAAUAAUGUUACCUCGGUCCAGUUCCAGUACAUGUCACGAAGUGAGCAAGAUGGAGGCUACAUCACAAAAUGUAUUUCACAUAUUGAUUAUGAAUCAGUUCUCCUUAUUUGCAAGCAAAACAAGGGACCUCUGCUUAUUUUCCUCCGUGUAUUGAUACAGAAAGUGAACUCACUCCGCUUUUCCAAACCAAGGAAAACAAAUGAUCCUGCAAUUGGAGGGAAAUUAGUGCCAAUUAAGACAAUUGUGCAGCUGUGAAAGAGGGCAUGUUUAUACUUAGAUUGCUGCCCUUAUGGUGUGCUUAAUAAUGGCCAAUCUAACAAUGUGAUGUAUAAUUCAAGGCUUAUAAUUUUCAACAAAGUUUUAACUUUUAUUUGACAAAUUGUGCUAUUUUUGUUCUGGCUCACAAAUUGGAACAGAUUUGUGUAAAUUAUGUAAAAUGCAUGCUGGGGUGUUCAUUGUACCAUCACAUUUUUUUCAUUCGCAUUCCUCAUUCCAUCUGUCUUUUUUUUUUCUCCCCCGAGAGAAUUCUGUACAUGUUAAAAUAGAUAAUUUCUUGAGUUGUUAAUUAUGUACAAGAGAAAACCCAACUGUGAAUGGAUUGUUAUCAUCAA